AUUCAUUUUCUGACACGGAGACACACGCAUUUCCAUUCUGCCACGUUUGAGUUAACACAUUUCAAUCUAUGUUCGACAUUCGUGAGGUACUUGAACGCAGCAGUCCCUUGAGCUAACGUUAGCUCUUCCUGUAGUGCUAUGAGUUGAGCCAUACUGAAGUGCUGGGAAUGCAGCCGACGCUCCCACCUGAGGCUGUCCGAGAGCUGGUGCGCUCCUGUCUGCACAGAGACCCGGUCGCAGCAGACCUCCGCUGCAGCCUGUUCGUUGCAGCUGCACAGAACUACAAGAGAGACUCUUUGCUCAGACCAUUCCCCCCGAGAUACAUAAGUAGUGACAAUAAGGAUUUUGAUGAGCUGUUGGCAGAUGUGCACUCUUUGCCUGGUGUGAGAGAUUUGGUGACUCUACGACCUAGAGAGGGAGAUCAUCAUCUGGCUCUCACACACUGGAUCCUCUCCUCAAAGAGCUUUGCUGUGAAGACCCUGCAAAAAGAUGAGUACGCCAAACUGUGUGACCUGACAGAAAAUGACAGAACUUCUGGGCCUGUACCUGACUUCCUGUUUGAGCUGGAGUACUGUGAUCAGAUGAACGCUAGGUUUGAGAAGAUGAGGGAGGGCAGAGACCUGUUCUAUGCAUUCCACGGGAGUCGCCUGGAAAACUUUCACUCUAUCAUUCACAACGGGCUGCACUGUCACCUCAACAAGAACUCGGUGUUUGGCGAGGGGACCUACCUCACCAGUGACCUCAGCAUGGCCGUCCUCUACAGUCCACACAGCAGCGGCUGGCGAGAAAGUCUGCUGGGUCCACUGCUCAGCUGUGUCGCUUUGUGUGAAGUCAUUGAUCACCCAGAUGUUAAGUGCCAAGUGAAGAAAAAAGAUUCUGAAAUCAUUGACCGUCAGCGCUCAAGAGCGAAGAACAGCGAAGGAGGGGAUGUACCGCAGAAGUACUUUGUGGUCACCAACAAUCAGCUUCUGCGAGUCAAGUACCUGCUAGUUUACUCUCAGAGGAGACACCUGUCCAGGCGUUCCCGCAGCACCUCCUGGCUCCUCAGACAUCAUUUUGCCAUCAUGAUGAGUCUUUACAUCCUGCUGCUCGUAUUCAUCGGUGCCUUUAACUCCACCACCUUCGUUUCCUUUUGGAACCGAUUGUUCAGGUGACAAGACAACAGACAGAUGUGCCUUCCUGAUCACAGACUGACUGGAAGCCCGAGGAAAGAUGACGUUUUACGCACCUUUUAUACUCUUUUCUCUCUACAAUCAUUCUCAUCAUUUCAAAACACCAUAAUAGCUGUUUUCCCAUGAUAACUGAUCUUUCAAAUUGUAGCUGCUGGGAUCACAUGGUGUUUUAAUUCAGUGGAAAUGGGGAAUCAAAACCCUUCUGCACUUUGAAAAUGUUAUGCAAUUUUCUUCAACCAAAAGAACAUCUUGUUUAAAUACCUGCACAGCAAAGAGCCAAGCGUUAAUAUCUCGUUUUGCUUCACUAGGUCUUAAGUAAACCUGCUGAGAGUUAUUAGCACAUUAACUGAUUGCAUUGACUCGUCACUGUCAGGGAUCUGAUGAUUCGGCACUAAUGACAUUGUCCCAAUUUUCUCUUUUAAUCUUAUGAUUGUGUAUUGCUCAGUUAUGGGUAGGGACCUUUUUAAUUUUUCAUGAUUUAAGUCUAAUUUUAAGAUAAUAAAUAGAAUGGUUAGGUUAACUAAAGCUUAAAUAUACGAGACAGCUGUAUUUAUAAUGACGGAUCACAGAAAGGUCACCUAAAGCCUCAUUUAUAAUAUUUUCAGAUAUUCUUCUAUAUCUUUGUAUCAGUAAAGAAGGUAAACUGUAUAUCGGCUUAUAGCCAACAUGUUCUGAAAGUUUGUUACGAUUUUGGACACUAAUAAAGCUAUUCUUUUGA